CUUCGCCACAGAAUUCAGUUCCUUACCCCCUCUCUCCUCCAUCGCCCAGCGUUGCACAAUGGGCUAUGUGACGUAUUACGCUUUCGGUCUCCCGACGUUCAUCGUCGUGGUAAUUGCUUUAUACCUUCUUUUCACUGGCUCAGGAGAAGCUUUCAACGUUGGACGUUUUCUCGAAGAAACAAGUCCGUAUGCGUGGGCGGCUACUGGUAUCGGCUUGUGUAUUGGUCUUAGUGUAAUAGGUGCCGGUUGGGGAAUAUUCAUCACUGGUUCAUCGAUUCUUGGAGGUGGCGUACGUGCACCGCGGAUACGUACGAAAAAUCUUAUCAGCAUCAUUUUCUGUGAGGUUGUAGCAAUUUACGGCGUGAUUAUGGCCAUUGUCUACUCCUCAAAGAUCGAGGCAGUUAGCAACGUCAAUCUUUAUACUCGAGACAACUAUUACACUGGAUUUGCAAUCUUCUGGGGUGGACUAACCGUCGGGGCAUGCAACCUCCUAUGCGGCGUCUCAGUAGGAAUAACCGGUUCAACAGCCGCACUCGGUGACGCAGCAGAUCCUAACUUGUUCGUCAAGAUCCUCAUCGUUGAGGUCUUUGGCAGUAUCCUAGGUCUAUUCGGACUCAUCGUCGGGUUACUUAUGGUCGGUCGUGCAGGCGAAUUCGUCGCCGCUGCGAACAACGUGGCAAGCCCGUCACCUCUGGCACAGUUCGCUCACGCCGAACUUUAGGGCAUGAUGGCAUCGUAUCGGUCUCGUGUCGGAAGUGGGGAACGGGACUCUUAAUGGCAUUGGCAUUUGGCUGUCUUGACGUACACUUGAAUAUUUAUUUCACUUUCAAUGCACUUACUUUCAA